AUGCACAGCGACAGCGAUAGUAGCGAUGGAGAGGAAGGGGGGUCGGUUCAGAAGGUAAUCAACUGCGAGGAAUGGUUCGUGAGGCUUACGGGCUACUCGGAAUCAGACUGGAGGCGCAAAUCGGACAAGGGCAUUCGACAGGCCGAGGAUGGAAGCCUCAUCAUUACCAACCUCAAGAAUAAGAAGACGUUUAGUGCGGGCACCUUCACGCUGCAGCGCCUGGGCGACCUCAUCAACGAGGUGCAGGCCAGCGCACCCAUUCGCGGCUACGUCCCGCCCUGCAUUCUCGAGAUCGUGACCCGCGCAGACAGCGCCUCCAUUCGCAACGUGGACGUGGCGCACCUGCAAGCCAUGCCCGAGAACCGACACGCCGUGUUCCAGGUGGCGUCCAAUUUCAACGGCGUCGAGGCCAUCUCGGAGGGCAGCUCGCCCGACGGCUCCAGCUUCACCGAGAAGUACAUCUACGACCUCACCCAGGGACCUGCCGCCUCCAUCUCCGCCGGCGCCGAGCGAGCAAGAAAGAAGAACCUUCAUCGACUAACGUGUCUCUGGAACGUGACAGCCGCGAUCACGCGAGUCCACGCCGCGUUCUACGACCCCACCAAGCCGCAGGGCGAGUGGACGCAGACCGCAACCCGCCAGGUCAACUUUCUGGCCGACCUCCGAAAGCACUUCCCGACGCACAACGGCUACGUGGUGCUCACGGGCAGGGAACCGUCCUUCCCCAAGGUCGGCUCCGCCAAGUACGAUCGACUCUUCGGCAAGGAAAAGUGCCAGUUCAUCCUCGACUCCGACUACGAGGCCACCUAUCUCUCGGCUAUCAAGCACAAGCGAAAGCACCUGGUCCUCACCUUGAUCGGCGGGCAUUUACGAAGCGAUCUUGAAGGCGCACAAGAAGUGGGCCAACCACCCGCGUCGCAGCUGGAGAAGGUGUCCAUCGUGCUCUUCUCCGACCGCGACUUCAUGACCUCCUUCCCGAGCAUUCUCAAGCAGCAGAACGUUCCCUUCAGGUGGACCAACUACGUGCACGGCAGCCCGAUGACGAAGGAUUCUCACGGCAUCACGUGGUGA